CAAACAUGUCACUUCCUGGUCCGACACAGGUGAUUAGAAAACGUUUGGAAACUGAAACUGUGGAAAACUGUGACGACUCUAAUGUGAUGGCUUGAACAUUUUUAGAAAGUCAUAUCAAGAGAGAAAAACAGAAGUCAUGGCCUGUGCCCGAGUGCCACUGGAUGAGCAGCAGGUGACUGAGCCCAGUCCUCUGGGAAAAGAGCACACACUGCCUGCUCUGCACCCGGCCAGGAAGGAGGACCGUUGCUUUGUGCCUUACAAGCCUCCACCUGAGGAUGGCUCCCCUGCUGAGGUGGAGGAGUUUCUGGAACAUGCCAAAUUUAUUACAGAAGACCUGGAGUGGCUGCUUGCACUGCCUCAUGACAAGUUUUGGUGUCAGGUGGUGUUUGAUGAAUCUCUGCAGAGAUGUUUGGACUCAUACCUGCAUCAGGCUCCCCGUGGCCUCGACCUCACCAGCCUGCCCUCCUCCCCUGCUGUGGCUGACAUGCAGCGCUCCAUCCACAGGGUCGUCUUCUUGACCUUUCUCAGGAUGGCAACUCAUAAAGAGUCCAAGGAGAACUUUAUCACCCCAGCUGUGUUUGGAGAAAUUAUCUAUGAGAACUUUCUGUUUGACAUUCCUAAAAUUUUGGAUCUGUGUGUGCUCUUUGGAAAGGGAAAUGGUCAGCUGCUGCAUAAGAUGAUAGAGAACAUCUUUACUCAGCAGCCUUCGUACUACAGUGACCUGGAUGAAACGGUGCCUACUGUGUUGCAGGUGUUUGACACCAUCCUGAAUAGAUGUGGUCUCCAGUGUGAAGGAGCCGCUGCCAUGGAGCCCAUGAAACUGAAUGCACACAAACAGCCCACUGCCAUGGCCAUGAGCCAGCAGGAACUUGUAGAUAUUAUUUUAUACCUGUGUGACUCCACCACCACCAUCCAUGCCUUCCUGGACAUCUUCCCUGCUGCCUGCACCAGCUUUCACUCCCACAGCUUCCUCAGCAGACUGACCUCGUUUUAUGAGACCGCUGUGCCUGACCUGGAGAAAGCGGUGAGGAAGAGAAACUUUGAUGAUAAAAGUCUUCAGGAGGACUUGUGGAAGAGGUUGUCUCACUCCUGCCGUAAGAUGGUGGAGAUGACUCACCUGCUGCUGAAUCACACCUGCCUGCAGCCCAUCCUGGACGGUGGAGAAAAUGUGCAAACAUUUGCAGAGGAGCUCCUACAACAUUUCACAUCUUUUUUACCUGAGAAAAGGUUCUUAUCAGACUACGACGAGCAGUUUCCCAUCGCAGACGACAUCAGCCUCCUGCAGCAGGCCCUCCCUGUCAUUGAUGAGACUCGGACGUCCUACCUGCUCCAGGGGGUUGAGAGUGCCUGGGACAGUGUGGGCCGACGGAAACCACAGAGUCAGUUUCAUCAAAAAACGAUGACAGCACAUCAGGGAGCUUCUGCCUCAUCUUCAGCUGGUUUCAAACCUCAGAAGGUCCAAGACCCAGAAGGAGGACGAGAAAGUCCAAGGGGAGCUGAGGCCAUGUUGCAAGUUCCCCAAAAAGGAAACAAUGGUGCGGUGUGUCCAGUGAGUGGGGCAGAGUUGGAGUCUCUGCUGUCGUGUAUCCGGGAUCUGCUGCCUGACUUAGGGGAAGGCUUCCUGCUGGCUUGCCUGCAGGAGUACGACUAUAACUCUGAACUGGUCAUCAACAACAUCCUGGAAGACCGCCUGGCCCCCAACCUGGAAAAACUGGACAGAGCCAUGCCAAGGCCGGCGAAGGAGGAGCUUUCCGAUGUUUUGAGUGUCAGAUCUAACGUGUUUGACGAUGAUGAGUUUGACAUCUUCCGAAGAGACCAGGUAGACAUGUCACGCAUCUGGAAAGGCAGGAGGAAAGGUGAGAGCGUUCGAGAGAUGCUGAACGACAAGAAGCACAUAACUGAACAGAAAGCUCGAUAUCAGACCUACGAGACGGUGGUGGAUGAGGUUAUCAUCGAGCCUGGUGAAAGUGCAGCCGCUUAUGGGCUGGACGACUAUGAUGAUGAGUACGACGACACCUAUGACAUGAACCAAGUGGGAGCCAAUGACCUGGAUGGAGAGAGUUUACUGAACAGGAGACCUUUCACAGUCCCUCAGGUCCUCAGACAAGGAAACAAACAAGAGGAGGAGGAAGAGGAGGAGGGUGAAGAGGAAGAAGAGGCUAUACCGAACAAUAUAAACAGGGACCAGUUUGUGCAGGACCCAGCCCUGCUGAGAGAGAGGGCUGAAGCCAGAAGAGCUGCCAUGCAGCAAAGAAAAGGGUACCGACCUGAGCGUCCCAGUAAUGUGGUUGGCCAGCCCAAAGGCCAAGGACAGACCUUGGAAACAUUCCUGGACCGGCGAAGGAAAGAGGCCAACAAGAGCCGUACGUCAAACCACAACCGCCGCACCAUGGCUGAUCGCAAGAGGAACAAAGGCAUGAUCCCCUCCUGAUCUGUGUGACUGACAGCUGCUUGAACCAAACAGACUGAUGGUAGGAGGGAUGGCAAGAAUGUAGAAGGUAGUGAGGGGGGAGAAUAAACAAGGCUUGAGUUGCUGUUCUGGAUUAAAAGUUUCCAGUUGAGUUGUCUGCACAAUCACACUUAAGCUCCAUAAACACCAUCGGUCCUUCACAGAGAAAAAGAAGAAGCUUUUCAUUUGGUGCUGAAUAGUUGCAUUGCUUUAUCCACACAUCUUGGCCUUUUGUGGUCACUAACUGUCAGCAGCGUGUUGAAAAAUUUGAGCUUCUGAAAAUUGUGUUUUACUUUUUGAGCCCUAAAGAUAUUUAGCUCUUUGGCUCAAAUGAUUUUUUAACAGAUUAAAAAAGUCCUAGCUGACAUUCAGAGACUGAGGACAAAGAAAAAGACCUUUAUUUUUGCCAAGUAACAAAUAAGUUUAUUUUCAAGAUCCAUAGUGAUCCACUGAAGUUUCUUUGACAUCAUCAUCAUCGUCAAACAGACACAUAGGAAUAAAAGGAAAAGAAAUCUGUUGUUUUAACAGAGACUAUGAUUGCUUCUGUAGCUGGAAGAACAAUUACUGACCUGGUGAUCAACUCUCUAAUGCUCAUCCUGAACGAGUGGCUUGUGUGCAGGCUGCCUUGCAUGUGACAUUCAAGUGCAUGCAUGCAAUGUCAUCCACCAAAUUCAGCCUAGUUAAAACCCAAGUCUAUAAAGAAAUACAUGGCCAUCUCAUACUGAUGAUACUGAUGUGUUUGUGUUUGGAAGCUCGUGCAGUAGAGGAGGGUGGAGCUGUGGGAAACUCUCCCUCUGACAUGUUACCAUGCACACUUUUUCUAUGGAGAGAACACAUCUGUAAGAGCAUUUUGUAACAAAAAAAGCACUUGUAAUUGCUUUUUGGAGUUGACAUUGCAAAAAAACACAAAAUAAAUACAAUAAUUAUA